AUGGCCCUCGUUGCGGCUGCGGCUUUCCUUCCGCGGCUUGCAACCGGGAAAUGCAGCACUUUCGACUUCACAUCAGACUUUGAGCAGGGCCAGUACGUUUCGACGGCCGAGUGGUACUUUGAGAAGAUGCCGGGCGGACAGAUGCCCCUGACCAAGGUCGUCGACUGCACGGCCGAGGCCGGCGCCACCGGCGACUGCCCUAUCGACCGGUACCCGAUGGUCCUGCCGUUCAAGAGCUACGCGCGGGACAUGGACACCGAGUCCUGGGAGUACAUCUCGGGCGACCUGUCCGGCGCCAUCAGGGCCCUCCGCGCCAGCCCGGACGCGGACCAGGACGCUCUGGAGGGGGUCAACUUUGACAGCACCGUGUUCUACAACUUCACGAUCCCGCCCGGCGAGUUCGAGUUUGGGCAUGCUGCUUCCCUGUGGGGGAUCCCGGUGCAGCGGUGCUGGUACGGCACGGUGGGCGGGUGUGACGCCGGGGAUGCGGCGGCGCUCGAGGGCAAGCAGCUGGCCGUGUGGGGGUAUCCGUAUGUCGACGGGACGGGGCCGGCUACUCCGCGGGACCAGGCGAGCUACUAUGGCUACGCCCACUACGUCCAGAGCAGUCUGACCCCCGAGGAGAUUGAGAAUCAGCCGGACCUGCCUUAUGUGCGGUCCAGCGAGUUUGACUGGAGUGUUGCGGCUGCGGGUGUUGCAUCAGGCCAACUACAUAAAACCAGUUGA